AUGCAGCACAUCGGAGAGGCCCAUUCCCGGAGUCCUUCUCCAGCGCAUGGGUUUCCUCUCUAUUCCCCCGGGUCUCCCACACAGACCCAGAGUAUAUGCUUCGCCUACUUCCACCUGACUGCGCUGCCAGCCACCGGCUGCUCUCCUUUCUCCCCACUUCGCUUCGGAAGUCAGGAGCCUAAGUGCAGAAGCCUCCAGAGCCACCAGCCGAAGCGCAGAGAAGACAGGCAAGCCCCAGCUCCCCCGGCUCGCUCUCCCGGCAGCAGCAAAUGGCAGGCGCGGCUGUGCCCCGCGCCGCGGCGGCCGCCGGAGCCGGGAGGCAGUUUCAGCACCACGGACCGCGGGGUGCGCGCAGCGCCCGUGAGCCCUGCCCCGGCGCGGGGUUCCCGGGGCCGGCCGCCCUGCGCCCGCGGACGCUCCCGCUGCGCAGAGCGAGGGCUGGGUGCGGGCGGGGGUCGAGAGGGCUCUGGGGGGGGCGCUGCCUUCUCCCCGCCCGCCUCCCCUAUUUACCUCCUCCGCCAAGGUCACGGCCCCACGGCGUCUCCCCUCCCGGGCGGGCUGGAUGCGGGCGGUGUCAGCUGGCGGCGAGCGGAGCAGCAAGGCAGGGCAGCUUCAUCACACUCGCGGCGGAUGCGGAUUCCACGCCGCCCCGGCUCCCACCGCUCGGGCGACCGCCACCCUCGCCUCGCCUGGCCUCGCUGCCGCCGGUGCACAGGCGGCUCCGGCAGCCGCCACUCGCGCCAGCUCCCCUGGGCUGCCUCGCCGGCUCGCUCCCUCCUCCGCUUCUUCUCUCGGGGACUGGGACCCGCCGAGCGCGCGCGGGAGUCGAGAUGCCCGGCCCGUGCGCGCGACUGCGAGGAGGGAGGAGGGACGGUCACGUGGGACAGGGGCGUCCGAAGGUGCCGGCUCGGAUGGGCUCGGCUCGGCCGCCGCCACGCCGCCCGGGCCUCCCCGGCCUCCCCGCCCUCGCGCCCCGCGGGAGGCUGCAGUCCUGCCCCCGGCGUGGCCCGCGCUUCCGCACACCCCGCCCGCCCGCGCGUGUGUACGUGCGCCGGAGGCCUGGAGAGACCGGAGUUUAACGCCCAGUAUAAUGCAGACCUUUAUGCUGUAAACAAGAAAAAAAGAAAGAAUGGAGCGUUGUUUUGUUUUGUUUCUUUCUUUAAAAACCAUGUGCAUAUGUGAUUCCCAAUCAUUAUAUCCACAGCAUUUUACUAUUUUUCUUUUAAGCCUGUAUUUUAUGAAUAUUUUUGUCAAGCAGAUUAAAUGGUAAUAAUACAGUACUUCAAAACAGCAGAUAAAAAUCCUGUUACCUCAUCAAGGUAAUGAAUUGCAGCUCAAAUAAAGACAUUUAAAGUUUUUUUUA